CUCAAACCUGAUGACGCUGCUACUGAAUGAUGUCUCGUCCCUGCUCUCCAUGUCAACGCACCCCAGAUGGCCACAACGAACACCUAUUCCGUAACCCAUUCACAUACUCGUGGUGUUGUCCGUUGAGGCUGCUGUGAUAAUGCACGGGUCAAGCAGUGGGCCUUUCUUGCGACUUGCCAUACCGGCUCCAUUCACCUUUGCCUGCUGGCCCUCACGUUCACCAUCUCAACGCCCUUGCUUUCUCUAUUUCUUCCUUCGCUCCUCGCAUCCUUUUAUCUCCAUCUCCACCCCCCAUUCUGGUAUCAAUGUCCGAGUGCACAGUGACGUCUUGUCGACGCAGCCCGCAAGACGGAGUUUAUCCCGAGUCUUUCGAGGCUCCCAAAGAGCAACGGCAAGAUGGAAAUAGCUUCAGGUCCUCAGGACAGGUACAGGCCCUCCCUGGAGGAGGACCUGGGGACUCAGAAGCGGUGGGUAGCAGCACGGAUCUCAGCGGCGGCGGAAAUUCAACUCAGCACGGGCUGAGUUCUAUCAUCAAGUCGGCCAGCACGGUAGUGGAGACGGUCUCGGUGGCGAGCACGCAGGGAGUGAAUGUCGGGGUCACGACGACAUUCGCGCUCAGCAGUGCUACAGCGUUCACAAGCAGCUCACUACCGAUUUCGUCCUCAUCUUUGUCAAGUGCGUUGCAUGGUUCGUCAACGACCGCCGCGACGCCGAAGUCCGCGACCGCGUCAUUACGACCGUCGAAAUCGGCGUCUGUAUCCUCGCGACCAGCAUCUCUAUCGCAAGCUGUCCGUCCGUCAUCCUCUGCAACAGCGGAAGCGUUUCUCUUUGCUCCAUCUGCAUCCACUACAUUCUCGCCUUCGUCCGCGGUGCUACAAACACCUGUUGACUCAACGACAUCGGUGUCAUCCCUCCCAUCUGUCACGUCUCCAUCGCACUCAGCUCCAUCCUCCAUCGGCUUCCUCUCAGAAACUGUGCUGGGCGAGAAGAUUAUACCGACUCUCGGACUAGGGUCGACGGACGUCGGCGCGGCCUCUCCCUCACUUCUCCCGCCAGCUGGUGGUGCGGCCGGUGCCUCGCCAUUGUCUUCAUCAAACUCCAAACUGGCGUCGGGGGUCUCGUCCCAGGUGGGCGUCAUCAUCCUGGCCGUGGCACUGGUGUCGUUCGUCGCAGCGGCGGUGAGUGUGCGCCAGUUGCAGGCCAGGAGAAGGAGACGCCGCCUAGCGCUGAGUGGGGAUGGGUUUGAGUCUGCGCGGCAGACGAGGCAGGGGGGGUCGUAUGCGCAGCUGCCUUGAGGGCUUGCCUGUGAUACAUUCGGUUAUACAUGUUUCUCUACUGCACACAAUGAUAUGCUCAGCUUCUGCUUGCCAUCAUAUGGGACCAUCCGUGCGCGAUGCGCUAUUCUCCAAGACAUGCGACACCACGACAAGUCGAAAAACGGACUGUGGUCAUGACAUGGCCGUCACACUCUUGGCAUUCGUCUCGCAGUGCAUGACUUG